AUGGUUCUGCUUCAACGCUUGGUUGCUCCCUCUUCGCGAGGCGCGCUGCGACAGUCUCCAGCCAUUGCUUUAAUGAUCACUCGGAGAGCUUCCAACAUGGCGCCUCCUAAGCUCAAAGAUCCAUCCCUUCUGAAGCAGGAUGUCUGCUAUGUCAACGGUGAAUGGGUCAAGGCCAAGUCGGGCAAGACGUUCAAGGUGAACGAUCCAUCAAACGGCGAGCUUAUCGGAACCUGUCCCGAGUUCAAUGCAGAGGAUACCCAGUCGGCCAUUAGAGCAGCUGCCGAUGCUUUCCCUUCUUUCCGUUCCAAGACGGGUCGUGAGCGGUCCAAGCUGUUGCGCGCAUGGUAUGAGCAGAUGACUGCUAAUGCUGAGGAUAUCGCCAAGCUCAUUACCUGGGAGAACGGAAAGCCUAUUGCUGAUGCCAAGGGCGAGACCACUUAUGCUGCCAACUUCCUCGAGUGGUUUAGCGAGGAGGCCCCGCGAGUGUACGGUGACACUAUUCCCAGCUCUGUCCCUGGAAACCGGGUAUGGACCAUCAAGGAACCCGUGGGAGUGUGCGGUUUGAUUACACCAUGGAACUUCCCUGCGGCCAUGAUCACUCGAAAGAUUGGACCUGCGCUGGCAGCGGGUUGCACAGUUGUCUGCAAGGCCCCCGCCGAGACGCCAUUUACUUCUCUGGCUCUGGCCGAGCUGGCUCAUAGGGCAGGUAUUCCCAAGGGCGUCGUUAAUGUGGUGACUUCUAUGGAGAAUACCCCUGAACUCGGCGAGCUUCUUACUUCUGAUCCUACCAUCAAGAAGAUUUCCUUCACUGGGUCCACUGGGGUUGGUAAGCUCCUUAUGAAGCAGUCGGCUGGUACUCUCAAGAAGCUCUCGAUGGAGCUCGGUGGCAACGCCCCGUUCAUCGUCUUUGAUGACGCCGACGUCGAUGCUGCCGUUGCUGGAGCUAUUUCGUCCAAGUUCCGAUCCUCGGGACAGACGUGCGUGUGUGCUAACCGCAUCUACGUCCAGCGUGGCAUCUAUGAUGAAUUUGUUAAGAAGUUUACCGAAAAGGUCAAGACAUUUAGCGUGGGUAACGGUUUUGAGCAGGGUGUCACACAUGGGCCUCUGAUCCACGAUCGUGCAGUCCAAAAGGCCGAGGAUCACGUCAAGGAUGCCGAGAAGAAGGGUGGCAAGGUCACUAUUGGAGGCCAGAGACUUAACAACCUGGGCUCCAACUUUUACGCACCUACCGUUAUUCGAGAUAUGACAUCUGACAUGGACAUGGCGUCGCAGGAGACAUUUGGACCUGUGGCUGGUCUCUUCCCCUUCGAGACGGAGGAAGAGGUGGUUAGAAUGGCCAACAACACCGAAGUUGGCCUGGCUGGUUACUUCUUCUCGCGCGAUCUCGAGCGGGUGCACCGCAUCGCAGAGGCCCUCGAGGUGGGCAUGGUGGGCGUCAACACUGGUAUCAUCUCGGACCCUGCUGCACCCUUUGGUGGCGUCAAGGAGAGUGGCUUCGGCCGUGAGGGCUCGCUGUACGGUAUUUCCGAGUACCAGAUCACCAAGAUGAUUACAUACGGAGGAAUGGGCAAGGCUCUCCAGUCAUGA